AAUUUUCAAGUUUCUUAGGUAGAUAAGAACAUUUUCAAUUUAUCGAGGUGCAGUGUAAUUAGUUCAAUCGAAAAUUUGAAAAAUGCCGAUGCACGAAAUUCGGCGAGCGUAUAAACGGCCGGCAAUAUCAGACCAACAGAAAAGGAGAGAUCUUUCUCUUCUUCGCCAACAACAAAGUCGAUUUGAUGCACAAUCCCAUGCUCGCCGUCUUGCUUCAACCCUUCUUUCUUUCAAUCAGCCUACUAUUCGGUCUUCUUCGUUCUCCAUUGAUGUCGAAGAGGAGGAAGAAGUAGAAGAAGAAGAGCAACAGAGUAUUUCUCAAGUUGAUCAUAUUGAGGAUGUUAGACAAGCUUCUAAACUCCGUGGACAAGAAUCUCGUCGCUGGUUUGCUCGGCAAUUGAUGUUGCCUGAAUGGAUGAUCGAUGUUCCUGAGGGUCUCUCUCUUGACUGGUUUGUAUUAGCUAGGCCGGCUGGAAAGAGAUGUUUUGUGGUUUCCAUCAAUGGGACAACUGUUAGUAGACUACGUAAUGGUUCAGUGCUGCAUCAUUUUCCAUCUGCUCUACCUUGUGGAGCCAGAACGAGAGAGAAUUCUGGAUUCGAUCAGUCGUAUUGUAUCCUUGAUUGCAUAUUUCAUGAGAUGGACCAAACUUACUAUGUAAUUGACAUGGUUUGCUGGCGAGGAUACCCUCUUUAUGAUUGCAACGCUGAGUUCAGAUUUUUCUGGUUGAAUUCCAAGCUUACUGAGAGUGGAGCUUGUGAAGUGCCUUCGUAUUACCACAAGUACCGGUUUAGUCCAGUUCCUGUCUACAACUGUGACCAAAGUGGACUGCUCUCAGCAUAUACAGGACAAGUGCCUUACGUCAAAGAUGGUCUCUUAUUUUAUAACAAGCAUGCACAGUAUCAAGCAGGAAAUACACCACUGGCAUUGGUCUGGAAGGAUGAGAAUUGUAGCCAAUACGUUAUUGACACAGAUCACAAAGGAGAAGUUCCAAGCAAACAGCAGGUGGUCUUGGAGCUUCAAAACGAUGGGAAGGUGACUACUUCAGAUGAUCCACCUGUUGUAUUUGGUUGCCUAGAUCAAGACUUUCUACAAAAGUCAGGAUUAUCUCCUGGCAAUCUUCUGCGAUUUUCGAUCAAUGAUGGAGGACUGACUUUUGUGGAUGGUAAACUUGAGAAGGCUGAUUUACUAUACCAAGACAAAACCAACCGUGCUCGUGCUUUUGCUGAUAGUUAUUCGAAGGUCGUAUUUCAAUACAUGGCUCGGAAUUCUCCUCUAAGAAUUGAUGAUCUGCUUGGAUCCAUCAGUUCACAAAGUGAUCGAGAAAUUAAAGAUGUUGAAAUGUCUGGUUGAUGGAAAUCAAUUCAAUUCAAUCCUUCAAAACUGGUUUGGUUGAUCAAAACUGGUUAUUUUUUUCUAUCAUCAACUUGGUUUAGAAGGGAGGAACAAGUAACAGCUGCCUUGUGUGACUUCCUUUCUUUGAGGUUGCUCGAUGUGGCUUGUGUAUUACGGGGGAUAAUUAUCAGUAACGCUGGCUGCCGGGAAAGGCUGUUGAAGUAGGGAUCAUAUGUUAUGGUUAGCUUUGUUUAAAUGUGGUUCGUGUAAAAUGUUUUAUUUAGAAAUUGUCAUAUUCUGGUUUGAAAUAGCACCAGAUUGGAGAAUGAUAAAGACUAUUCUUGCUACAUUAGAGGAGAUGCCUAUUGAAAUAGGCAGCAUCGAUAAAUGAUGUAAAAAAAAUUCCCUUGCAACGAGAUUAGCCGGUCCAAGUC